UUUUCUUCGCCUUACAUAUAAAACGGCAUUCAGCUACGGCACUGGCUUAAUUUUUUCCGAACGUAAAACUUGUUUUAAAUAUAACGAUGAAGUGUACAGAGAUUUUUUUCGUUAUAACCAUCCUAACGCUCGCCCUGGCAGGCGUGUGCUCGGCGCGAGAUGAAUGCGAUGUAAACGAGUACUACAGUGAUUGUGGACCGAUGUAUGAGCUCAACUGCUUGAAAAAGAAUUUGGCCAUUGACACAUAUGAAUGCAUCGCUGGAUGUUUCUGUAAAACGGGAUACAUAAGAGAAGUUCAAGGUGGAAUGUGCAUUUCUGCAGCAAAUUGCCCAUUGUAGCAGUGAAAUAAAUCUUACGUGAUGUAUGUACAAUAAAAA